UGGAAUAUAUUCCGGAAAUUUUAAGAUAACCUCACAAUUGUGAUUGACUGGGGGCGCGAUAACACAUUGAUAAAAUGGUGAAAAUAGGUGUUCAAAUCUGUGCCACGUUGGAAAAUGUGGAAGAAUUGAAGACAUCCCAUCCCAAUUAUGCAUUUUUCUUCAAACUACGCUGCAAUAAUUGUGGCGAAUCUUCCGACAAGUUUCAUGACGUCACAGAAGCCGACACCGUAAAUGCGGAUUCUCGGUGUCCCAGGGGCUACAAUUUCUACGCUAAAUGCAAACUUUGCAACCGAGAAAACACCGUGGAUAUUGUGGAGGGCAGCAAUGUGUCCUAUUUGGCUGAGGAUUCCGGAAAGUUCAAGACGAUCGUCACGUUGGAUUGUCGUGGACUGGAGCCAACGGACUUUUUGCCAAAAUCCGGGUGGAUUGUGAAAGCAGCCGAAGGAGGUCCUACUUUUGAGGAGGAUGUAGGCUUCGAUGAGGACGACUGGACAGAUUAUGACACGAAAAAUAGCGUCUCAGUGGGAGUUUAUGAGUUCAAGUCCAAUUUUGUGAAGCUCAAGAAGUAAUUCACAUUCUCAUUUUUCACUUUGUAUUUUUUUAAAAAUAAAUUCAACAUUACUUUCUCUCUGAA